ACUCAGAAGAUAGGGGCAGGUGGAUCUCUGUGAGUUCAAGGCCAGCUUGUUCUACAAAGCAAGUUUCAGGACAGCCAGAGAUACCCUGUCUGGAAAAGAAGAAAAAAAAUCAAAGGCACCUCACAGAGAUUUGAAAAUGGCCACAAACGAAAGCUCGGACAUCUUCAGCUCAGCAUCACUUGCUGUAGAGUAUGUGGAUUCUCUGCUGCCUGAGAACCCUCUGCAGGAACCCUUUAAGAAUGCCUGGGGCUACAUGUUGGAUAACUAUACAAAGUUCCAGAUCGCAACCUGGGGGUCCCUCAUAGUUCAUGAAGCCAUCUAUUUCUUGUUCUCUUUACCUGGCUUUUUAUUCCAAUUUAUACCUUACAUGAGAAAGUACAAAAUUCAGAAGGAUAAACCAGAAACCUUGGAAGGCCAGUGGAAGUGUUUGAAAGGACUUCUCUUUAAUCAUUUUUUUAUCCAGCUGCCUAUGAUUUGUGGAACUUACUAUUUUACAGAAUAUUUCAGUAUUCCUUAUGAUUGGGAAAGAAUGCCGAGAUGGUUUAUGAUUUUGGCAAGGUGCUUGGGCUGUGCAGUCAUUGAGGACACCUGGCACUAUUUCCUGCACAGACUCCUUCACCACAAGAGGAUCUAUAAAUACAUUCAUAAAAUCCAUCAUGAGUUUCAGGCUCCAUUCGGAAUCGAAGCAGAAUAUGCACAUCCUUUAGAGACCAUAAUUCUCGGGACUGGAUUUUUCAUUGGAAUUGUGCUUUUGUGUGAUCAUGUAAUUCUUCUUUGGGCAUGGGUGACUAUACGUUUGCUAGAAACCAUCGAUGUCCAUAGUGGUUAUUACAUUCCUAUCAACCCACUCAACUUCAUCCCCUUUUAUACGGGUUCUCGGCACCACGAUUUCCACCACAUGAACUUCAUUGGGAAUUACGCAUCCACCUUCACAUGGUGGGAUAGAAUCUUUGGGACGGAUGCCCAGUAUCAUGCAUACAAUGAAAAGAUGAAGAGGCUUGGGAAAAAGACCGAAUGAAUGUCCCUCAUUCACCUCGUGAAGAUAUGUUUCCUCACCUGGAGAUAGUAACUAACAUUGCUUCCGGGGAGCAGAAAUAAGCACGGACUUAGCUGCUAAGUGACAAGAAGUACAUUAAUGACCUUUAAUUAUCUCCCAGAUGGGAACUUUUCUACUUUACAUUCAAAUUCUGUAUAUGUGGAAAUGAAUAAAUAUAUAUAUUUAAGUACAGUUUUCAUGAGGAGGCUUUACAGGCCAUAUUGCUAACCUCGCCAAAAGGUUCCAGGUAUUGGAAGAAAUAUUAAUGUACAAUUUAUCACUUCACGCCACCUGAAGCUGAAGUUGACAUUGCCUUUUAAACCUUUUGCAUACACUGGUCAGUUCAAAACUUUCUCAACAAUAAUGUUUGCCUUCUAGUUGACUUUAGACAUAGUGUUUUUUAGAAGUGAAAAUAUAGUGAAUUGAAUAUAUUUGCUGACAGAGUGAGUGACUUAACCCCACUCUGGUCUGGGGCUGACCAGUUUAGGACUAUUCUUUCUGUGAAGGACUGUAGUAACUUUAUUGGCAUCUUGUAAAUUAUCUUAUUUCUUACAUAAUGUAUAUAGAAUAUUAUAGUCUAAAGAUUUUCAAAUUCUUGGUGUUUUUAAACUAAAGAGCUCAUUUCUGCUGUCAACCCCGAGUUUUUGUGUGUCAAAGCGUUCAUUGAAAUUGUGUCUUGAGUUUUGUGAACUGGCUUCUAUCUGUACCCAGAGCUGUUGAAAUAAAUAUGAUUUUUGUUCAGUUCUCUGGUUUUUAGUUGUAACGAUUAACUGUCAUGUUUUAUUCUUAUAAGGAAAAGCACAGAAAUCAUUAAAGGAAAUUUUACAAUAAA